GGUGCUCCGUGCGAGACCUGGGGAGCGUUGCGGCGGUCGCAGCUAUGGAUGCUGGGCCUGCGGGGACGCCGAGGGACCUCGGGGGACAGCCAGAGAGAGCUGGAGAGACAGCAGUUUGGACUGACCCUCGACGCUGAGCCUCGGUAGGGGACUAUCUGGCGCCGCGAGGGCCGGUGAGCGGAAGCGCAGCGCACCCAAGAAGCUGGGUAACACCUGGCCACUUCGAGGGUCCCACCUAGCCUCCCGGAGCGUCAAGAGAGCCAGACGCACAUAUCCUGGGGUGCUGAGGCCGCCAUACAUCGUUGGAGGCCACCUGGCGACCAGCGCCGCCUCAGUCAAGCCCGUGGGUGGCCCUGGAUGGCUGAGCUGCCCUGUCGCUGGCCGCCCGGGCGCCGCAGCGGCUGAGGUCGCUGAGAUCGCUGGGCUGCCGCAGCCCUCGCCGCCCCCUGCAUGCCUGGCGCCCGGGUCGCAGCCCACCUGGACUCUCUGGGACCCCUGGUCUCCUACGUGCAGCCUCCGCUGCUGCCCUCUAUGUUCUACGUGGGCCUGUUCUUCGUCAAUGUGCUGAUCUUGUACUACGCUUUCCUCAUGGAGUACAUCGUCCUCAAUGUGGGCCUUGUCUUUCUGCCCGAGGACUUGGACCAAGCGCUUGUGGACCUUGGCGUGCUCUCCGACCCUGGCUCUGGCCUCUAUGAUGCCGACUCAGAGCUCGAUGUCCUCGAUGGUUACUUGGAGUAGGGUCUUAACUGCUCUAUCCCUUUCCUUUCCUCGAUCCAUAACCCUUGGCCUGGACCAGCUGCCCAGAUCAUGCUGCCCCUCCUGGUUGGGGGUGCCGUCCGGACGGAGAUGGGACCCCAGGAUGAGACCCUUCCCGGCCUCCAAGGCCUGCCUGCUCCCCUCCAAAGCUUCGUGCCAACAGAGAGGUCCCCGUCUGAACCCAGGAAAAUGAAGAGAGAGAUUGGGACCAAGUGCCCAGGCUGAGAAGGCUCUGGUCCCCACAGAGGGGAGAAGACUUCGCCGGUCACUCAGAGGGCCUGACCUGGGCAUGGGCAUGUGACCUCGCGCAGUCAGGCCAGAUGUUUACCUACACCCGGCCAAGGCUGCCGCCCCGCGCUUCACUCCCCAUGGCACCUGCUUGCCCCACUUCACCCGAGAGAAGAUACUGCGAAAUGAAGUUGCAGCUGCACCGAAGGCGAUGCCUGGGUCCUUCUUAUGCCAGCUGAGCCUUAGGCCCAGCUGGGUUCAUAGCCUGAGUCUGGUCUCCGUGAGUGCUUUGGGGGUGACUCAGAAAAAAAAAAAAUGCUGAGGAAAUGUUGGGACCGAGGCUCGGGCUCUGAUGUACUCAUUUCAGGUUGCUUGCUCUUCAUCAAGUUGGCAGGACAGAGACCUCGCACUGGGGCAGUGCCCUGCUGCUCCUCUGGCCAGAAAUAUAUUUUUGAAAAUGUGAGUAGUGUGAAUACCUGAUUUCGAUAAAUCUGUAAAAGCAAUACUUAGGCUGACUUAUUUCGAUUAAAAAAUGUAUGCA